CCGGCCCCGGCUCCCGCCCCCCGGCCCUCUCCCCCCGGCCCCGAUCCCCGCUCCCCGCCUCUCCCCGGUCUCUCUCUCCUCUCUCUCUCCGAUGCCGGGCCUACAGGAGUCGCAGUGUCCGCCCUCGGGCUUGGGCCGGGUCCGGGUGCGGGUCCCCGGGCCUCGCCUGACGGUGGAGCCGCUUGUUUUCCUCAGCAUGCUGGCGCUGAUGCUGCAGGCCCCGCUCUCCACUCAGUACAUCUUCCAGAGAAUCAGCUCCGAGCUCGGCUUCAGCGGAAACAGGAGCCGAGGCUGCAACAAGAGCCAAGGGAGGGAGGCCGCACUGGAGGAGGAAGUAGAGACUUUGACCUCCCAUUGGAACCUCUACAUUAACGUUGGGGGUUUUGCUGUGGGCCUGUUCUCUGCGACACUGCUUGGACCAUGGAGUGACCGCGUGGGCAGGAGACCGAUCCUGAUCCUGCCGGCUGUUGGUCUCUCACUACAGGCUGCAGUCUACCUCAUUGUCAUGUACCAGGAGCUGCCAGUCGGCUUCUUUCUGAUUGGCCGCCUGCUGAGCGGUCUCCUGGGUGACUUUAACACCAUCCUGGCCGGCUGUUUCUCAUACAUCGCAGACAUCAGCGACAAACCGUCACGCACGUUCCGGGUUGCCGUGCUGGAAGCGUGCCUGGGAAUGGCGGGAAUGUUUGGCAGCAUUAUUGGAGGCCAGUGGAGUAAAGCUCAAGGUUACAUCAAUCCGUUCUGGCUGGUGUUGGCACUGAACGUGGCCACUGUCAUCUACGCUGUUGUUUUCGUUAAAGAGUCUGUGACCGCGAAGAGACCGGGCAAAUUGUUGACCAUGGAGCAUUACCGCUCGGUGUACCGCCUCUAUUCCAGCGGGCAGGAGACUGGCCGCAGGCACCGUCUCUGCCUGUAUGCACUGUCCCUCUUUAUCGUGGUGACUGUUCAUUUCGGAGUCAAGGACAUUCUCAUCCUUUUUGAGCUGAGCUCCCCGCUGUGCUGGCGAUCCGAUCAGAUUGGAUACGGCUCAGCCAUUGAGCACUUGACCUACUUGAGCAGCCUGCUGGCUCUGAAGAUGAUGCAGUGUUGCCUUGCGGACUUUUGGAUUGCUCAGAUUGGGCUGCUGUCGAACAUGGCUGGUUUGGUGACCUUCUCAAUAGCAGUGACCAGCGCUGUCAUGUUCACCGGUUAUGGGAUACGGUUUCUUGCUAUGGCGACUACACCAGUGAUCCGAGCUAAAUUAUCAAAGUUAGCUGAUGUGACAGAGCAAGGAGCCCUGUUUGCCUCGGUGGCAUGUGUGGAGAGUGCCUGUUCACUGGUGUCCACACUUAUCUUCAGCUCCCUGUAUCCUGCAACACUGCACUUCAUGAAGGGAUUUCCUUUCCUGUUUGGGGCUGCCUUGCUUCUCCUUCCAGCUGGAAUUAUCGGUGUACUGGGCUGCCGUGAGAGAGAGGUGCCAUAUAGACGAUUUGAAACCCCAGCUGCUCCUGUCGUGAGUGAUGCUGAUCCUGCCUCCAACCACAGCGAGGACAUUCCCACUGCUGCUGCUGCUGCUGCUGCUACCUGCUGAUUAUAUCAUGGAGUUUUACAAUGAAACUUGUCUCAUCGCUGCUGUGUCUAGCUGUCACUGUGAGGUGAUUCAUUUGCUUUUUCACAUGAAAUUUCAAAUCUCCUGGAGACGACGAGAACAAUUCAGUACAGCGGGAGCCGUUGGCCAGUUGUGUGUGUGUUGGUGGUUUGACGAUCAUGCAAGUCUCUGUCUUCCAGAACCUUUCAUCUUUUCAGGCGAUCUUCCAAGUACUUUUGAAAAUUCCUAUUUUUAUUUCUUGUUGGUGUCACUGGCUGGGCCAGCGUUUAUUCCCCUUCCUAAUUUCCCCAGAGGGGAGUUAAGAGCCAACCGCAUUGCUGUGGGUCUGAAGUCACAUGUAGGCCAGACCAGGUCAGGAUAGCAGAUUUUGUAGAGUCCAAGAGCACAGAGAAGUCUGUCCAGUCCAAAACAAACACCUCACUGUUGUAAUCUAUUUUCCAGCACUUAGCUCCUUCACCUUGAGAUCACAGCUAAAUCCUUCCACAAAGUGAUGAGAGUUUCUGCCUCUCACCCUCACAGGCAGUGCGUUCCAGGUGUCCCCCACUCCCUGGGUGAUAACAUAUUUACUUACGUCCCGUCUAAACCUCAUGCCUCUUACUUUAAACCCACGCCCCCUAGUCAUUGAUCCCUCCAGCCAGGGGAACAGUUUCUUCCUACCUACCUGCAUCUAUGCCUCACAGAAUUUGAGACAUCCUAUUCAUGUCCCCAUCAAUCUCCUGUGCUCCAAGGGAAACUUGCCCCCCUCUGUCCAUGAAAACUCUCCAGGCCAGGGCAACAUGCUGCUAUAUCCCCAGGACAUUUCCUUCCCUAACCGGCAUUAGUUCAUAUCGGAGCAGAACUUGUGGGUGGCUCAGUGGUUAGCACUGCUGCCUCACAGCGCCAGAAACCCGGGUUCAAUUCCCGCCUCAGGCAACUGUCUGUGUGGAGUUUGCACAUUCUCCCCAUGUCUGCGUGGGUUUCCUCCGGGUGCUCUGGUUUCUUCCCACAAUCCAAAAAUGUGCAGGUCGGGUGAAUUGGCCACGCUAAAUUGCCCGUAGUGUUAGGUGAAGGGGUAAAUGUAGGGGAAUGAGUCUGGGUGGGUUGCGCUUCGGCGGGUCGGUGUGGACAUGUUGGGCCGAAGGGCCUGUUUCCACACUGUAAGUAAUUAAUCAAAACUUUUUUAUUUCAGAUAUUUCUCAAAAUCAGAUUUCUUCCUCUGUCCUCGAGAACGUGGUGCUGGAAAAGCACAGCAGGUCAGGCAGUAUCCGAGGAGCAGGAGAAUUGAUGUUUCAGGCAGAAGCCCUUCAUCGGUAAUGGCUUAUGCCCGAAAAGUCGACUCUCCUGCUCCUUGGAUGCUGCCUGACCUGCUGCGCUUUUCCAGUGCCACACUCUCAACAUGGAAUUUGAGUCUCUCCAGUAACCAGGCGUCCUAUUGCUGGUACAAGAUUUCCCCGUUCACCCCAUCACACUGUGCAGUAUUUGCAAUGUCUCAGUAUUCCUAUGCUUGAUCCCAUGCUGUCCUGACGUGAAUUUCAGGCAUCAUCAUUUUCUUGUCAGUUUUCCAAGUCAAAAAAAAAGAUUUGAGUCAAUCUUUGAAAAGGCUUCCUGUAAAUUGAACUCAAGACAUGAUCAGAGAUCGAGAGUUUGAAAUUUUCAGCUGCAGCUUCACAGCACGUGAAGCAAAAUACAUUUCAGAAUUUGCAAUGCUUUUUUGAAGUAUUAUCAAAUUUAUGGCUGAAUCUAAUAUUUUCAAAUUUUGAAUUUCUUGUAAUUACAACUUGCAGCCUCUCUCUCUGUCCCCACAUCUUAAAGACAGGGAAGGGAAGGAGCGGAUGUACUUGAACAGAUAAUGGUGGAAAUAAAGUGAUUAUUGAUUCUGUUUCA